UAAAGUUGAUCAGAAAGAAUUGGAAAAUUUAUUAGCAAGAGCUUUUUAUUUAGCUGGAAUAUCAUUUAAUAUUAUCGAAAAUAAUGAUAUUAAAGCUGUAUUUCAAAAAGAUAUUCCAUGGUUUAAAGUUCCAUCAAGAUAUCAUUUAUCAAACACACUUUUAAACCAAGAAUAUGUAAAAAUUAAACAACUUGUUGAAAGUAUUUUAAAUGAAUCAGAAUAUCUUUGUAUUACAAGUAAUGGAUGGUCUAAUAUUCAUCGAUUGCAAGUAAUUAACUAUAUGAUUACAACCCCAAGACCUUUUUUUUAUAAAGCAAUAUUUACUGGUAAAAAACAUCACACAGCAAUUAAUUUAGCUAGAGGAAUUGAAAACAUUAUUAAUGAAGUUGGUGAAAACAAGAUCGCUGCAAUUAUUACAGAUAAUGCUAAUAUUAUAAAAGCAUCAUAG